GCACCAUACUCAUCAUUCUUAAUAAACACGACGUUAGUGAAACAGAUAUGUACAAAUAAAGCGCAGUAAUUAGUGUAACAAUAUAAGAACGUAAUAAAGAAGAAACAUAAAUGGCGCCAAAGAAUACGGAAAUGGAACUUGGAAAUGAAGAAAACGAGAGAGAAGUAGACAAAGAAAACAUUAACGAAACAUCUCCACUAAAGCCAAUACCAGAAGAAGCAGAAGCCAAACAAAAUGAACCAAAACAAAAACUCACAUUUCGAGAAAAAUUGACACAUAUUAAAAACAACAUAACUGUAGAACCAAUAAUGGCUUGUUACGUGAUGCCCAGUGUCUUAGCGUCCUUAGCCACACAGAAUCUAAAUCUAGAAAAAGCUUGUAGAGUGAAUUUGAACUACAGUAGUGUUGUUUGUGAUGCUUUGAAUCUCAGACAGACAGAAAAUUAUACUAGAGAGGAGGAGGAAGUCCAAAAACUAAUCGCCAGUGUUCAAGCUUGGAAGAACAUAGUACAAACUUCGAUCCCAGUGUUUCUUAUCCUCUUCGUCGGCGCCUGGAGCGACAAAACUGGCCGACGAAAAGCCUGCAUCCUCAUGCCAAUUGUUGGAGAAUUUCUAACAUGCCUUGGCUUCAUCGUAAACACUUAUUUCUUUUACGAGUUACCAGUUGAAGUAGCAGCGUUGACCGAAGCGAUAUUUCCAGCCAUAACAGGGGGCUGGUUUACCAAUUUCAUAGGAGUUUUUAGUUACAUAGGUGAUAUAACUACUAAAGAAGACAGAACGUAUAGAGUGGGGUUAGUGAAUCUUUUCAUGUCAUUAGGGUGGCCCAUAGGGAGUGCCCUUAGCGGGGUCAUGUUGACGUGGAUAGGUUAUUAUGGCGUAUUCUCCCUGUCAGCAACGUUAUAUUUGUUUAGUUUAAUAUACGGUUUCAAAUAUUUGGAUGAUCCGAAAAGGAAGAUAAUUAAAAAUAAAAGGAGUGGUGUCAUUGGAUUCCUGACUGAGUUCUUCGAUGUAUCUCUGGUGAUGGAGACGUUCCGGGUUGCCUUCAGAGAUGGUCCAGGAAACAGAAGGCUCAGAGUGGCUCUGCUUCUCAUUGUUGUGUGUGUCGUCUUUGGACCGAGCCAUGGUGAAUUUACUAUCUUGUACCUAUUCACUAGGUACAGAUUUAACUGGGACGAAGUGCAAUUCAGCAUCUGGAGUACAUAUUGUAUCGUUACUAACUUGAUCGGUACAUUAUUCUCCAUCAGCCUGUUUAGCAGGUAUCUUAAAUUAGACGACACUAUACUUGGAAUAAUCUCAAACACCAGCAAGAUUGUUGCAGCUUUCGCUUACGCCUUUGCUAGAAACAAUUUGGAGAUAUACCUUGCACCACUUUUGGAAAUCCUGAAUGGAACAUCUUUCAUUGCAAUGCGAUCUAUCGCCACAAAACUUGUCAGUGGAGAAGAAUUCGGUAAAGUAAACUCCCUGUUCGGGUUGGCAGAGGCCACAAUGCCGCUGGUGUACGGGCCUCUAUACUCCAGAACCUACAUGGCGACCCUGGACAUCUUGCCUGGAGCUGUGUUCUUGCUUGGAGCUGUGCUCACACUACCUUCCAUUGCCAUCUUUGGAUGGUUGUACUUCGAACAUAAAAAGGACGAAAAGCGAGAACAAGCCGUAAAGAAAUUGGAUACUGAAAAACAAUAGGAUAUAGAAGAAGAAGAAAUAUAAUAAUGACGUCAUGUUAUUACCAACAUCAUCCAAUAGUCCACUUCUUCGUCGGCCUUUGGAAUCAGACUUGCCAUCGUGUCCUAGUGAAAUUAUACGCCAGUCUGUCAUGAUAUAGACAUGGUGUAUGGCUUUUCGAAUUAAUCUUUAACAGGAGAGACUUUGUAAGAAACUGACUAUACCAAUUCAAGGUCUUCAAAAGCAAGUUUACAUACUUUAACAAGUUACCUUUUGGUUUGUGUAAAUUGUUAUUCUUCUAUUAGAAAUAAUUUAUUGUACAGUUCACUGUAGAUAUAAAGCUAUUUUUAAUAUCCUAAUAUUAUAAAAUAAUGAGCAAAA